AUGGCCAUGGAAAUGCCAAAAAGAUAUGUAUGNGGACUUUCCACUUUGAGUGAUGUGUGGUCCUAUGGAAUCGUUCUGUAUGAGAUAGUUACCCUUGGAGGAAUUCCAUACGAUGGAUGGUCAGAAGGCAGGGUGGUUGCAGAGGUCACAAAAGGAUAUCAGCUGCCAAAGCCUGAUCAUGUUGAUAAAAAACUGCAUGAUAUGAUGAAACGGUGUUGGAAUUUUAACCCUGACUUCCGUCCUCCAUUUGAAAACCUGCGACAAAGAAUGGACAAAUACAUUCAUGAAGAGACAUAUGAGGAACUACUUAAUCUGGGAGCUUAUGACAAGAAAAAAUACUCGAGGGUUGAAGAUCUUGGAGUUGAAGAUGCAGGACCGAGUGAGGAAGUUGCAAAGAAGGCUGCUGCUAAAAGAUUAGGAAAAUGGUCCAGUGACCGCCGUUAGGGUACCUUUCUGUCACCUCUCGGUGCUAAACUAUGCGUGAUGACAGCGAUGAUUUUAAGGUCUUUCCAUGUUAAAGAAACAAAUGAUAUCUUUGUUUUAGAUAAUAAUUCAUAGAGUUCAUUGUUUAAAGUUACAAAAUAUUAAUCAAUUCAGUUGGAUUCAGACUAGGAGAACUUGGGUAGAUAUUACUUAAGUUUCCUUCACUGAUUAAAACAGGAUAGAAAGAGAUAAAAUAACAUCCAAACAAUUAAAAAACAAAACAAACUUGAGAAGCGGCCCGUCUAUACCCUUUAAAUUUGCGAGCUGUUGUAGUGAAAACAUUCCGCCGUAAAUUUUUUUGUAGCAAAUCUAGUGGGUAAUCCUCCCAAGGAUAUUUGAAAUUUGGUAAUUUUUUUUGUAGUCUAGUAUUGGAUUAGUAGUGUGGUAUUAAUCACCAUUGAAGUAUCCCGUAUGCUGACAUUAUCGAUUCCAUAAUAUGUUCUUUACCUGAAAUGCAGUUUGCUCUCAUAUUGCUUUGUUUAACUUUCGAUCCAUUGGCAUUUGAAAACAAUUGAUUGCAUUGUUAUUGAAAUGUAUUGCUUUGCUUUAAGUGUUAAAUGCUUUUGUCGUAAACGGAGAGAACCGUCUUAAUAGAGUGAGUAAAUUUAGGUUAAUUUUCUUUAGAGGU